UAAGUUUAGAAUUCAAAUUAAGUUAUCAUCCUCAAUUAUUAAAUAAUGUAGCAAAAUAUUGUGAAAAUUUACUCACUUUUACUACUUAUUAUAAUGAAGAUGAUGAUAUGCCUGGUAUAUAUAAUGUAUUAAAAAAAUGUUCAAAAAUUGAAUUAUUUGGGAUUGAUGGAUUUGCUAAUAUGUCUCAUAAGACUAUCAUGGAAUUUUCUAAAUCUAUUCCAACAAAUGUAAGAAAAUUGGAUUUUAGAUAUGAUUGUUUAGAUAUGGAUACACUUGAAGUUUUCUUAGAUCAUUAUGAAGGUUAUGAUGUUAAAUAUUUAAUUUGUAAUGUUAAGGGUGAUAAACAAGAAUUGAAAAAAAUGAUUGAAAAAACUUCUUCUAGUAAAGGAAGAAUUGUUAAAAAAUGUUCUAUUGAACGUGAAGAUUCCGAAAAAGUUGUUAACAUUGAAUGGCAAUUAUAAGAAUCAUAAGAAAAUGAGAUUAAACUCAAAUAGAAAAAUAAGAAAUUAAGAUUUAUUAUGAUUAUAUAUUAUUUAGUAAUUAUUUUAUUUUAUUUUAUUAUUAUUAUUUUUUUU